AGCGGAGAUUGUAAUCGUAUAAAUGAAGAUUUUUUUUAAGAACCAGGUCUCGAUGGUAAGAUAAUAAGAGGCGGAGUUUUAAGUUUGGAUUCCCCACAGCUAACAAGAUGGGACUCCAAUGGCAAACCAUUUCUACGAUGUUAAUGGGGCUUUCUAUGCUAACAGUGUAUACGCGGGAAGCUUGUAGUCAGGCGUUCGACGUUCACCACAGGAUGACCAAAUCAGAGUUGAAGAGUGUGUUUGGGGUGGAUUCACAUAAUGAAGUACCAGAGUAUGACGUCACAGAAACAAUUCCUGUCGACGAGCAAGGGCAGCCCACACAGGGUUCCCGUCAUCGACGGCACCUCGAUAGUCAUACAUUCUACAAUCUGAAGGCAUUUGGGCGCUCAUUGCACAUCAAGCUUACGCCAGAUGACGCAGUCAUAGCGCCAAACCUCGUAGUCACACGACACCUCGGGAAUGGCGUGACACAGGGAAACGCAGAAAGAGUACGGCUCUAUUCAGGUCACGUGACAUCACAUCCGGGAUCUCGAGUCGCUGUUUCUGAUGAAGAUGGACUGACAGGAAUGAUCAGAUUUCCAGAUGAGUCCCUCAUGAUACAACCUCUACCAGCACACCACGCAAAGGCCUCUGGGAGCACGCAGCGAAAGCACAUAAUAUACAGACACCCUUCGCCUCACGACAUGCAAAAACGCCAGACAGGUUCCGUGGAGGCAUCGGAUGAAACUUUAGACAAGCAGAAAGUUCUGGAAGUUGGGAUAAUGGCAGACAAGGCUGUAAUGGAUGUUUAUGGUGAUGGCAUAACUCGGCAUCUAUUGAUACUCGCGCACAUUAUGCGCAAUAUAUUUCUGGACCAAACAAUUGGAACCAAGAAAAUUAACGUUGUCGUCAACCAGAUAAUUCUGGAUGAAUCCUCGUUUGGCUACAGUUCUGACAGUGCCCCUGUAGACCGUCUUGUCGCCAUAAUUGCAUAUGCUACUGCCAACCUUCCAAGGGAUGACUCGGAUCCAGGAAAACCUGACAUGCUACUGCUGCUCACAAAGACUUCAGGCGGUUUAGCAAAGUCGUCAUCGCUUUGCUCCGAAAUGUUCGGAAACGCGCUGGCGACAAACAGUGGUCUUGGGUCAGCGGCAAUCAUGGCUCACGAAACAGCGCAUGCCAUGGGUGUUCAACAUGACAAUCUCUACUCCAGGACUGAUUGUCCCGACAAAGUCUUUUUGAUGUCGGGGCAAAUGUCAGAUCAUAGUAACUCGAUGCUGUGGUCUCCCUGCAGUCGGGAGAACAUACAGGAAUGGCUGAGCGGUCCAAGCUCCUCGUGUUUGGAUGACGCCCCUCCCGAGUCACGUGUUCUCUAUGAGCCCGAAGCGGUCGGCAGGAACCUUCCAGGAAAGCUCUUCACUCAAGACGAACAAUGUAGAAUGGCCUAUGGGUCCGCCUUCAAGAAAUGCCCUGCAACCUAUUCUGACUGCAGUCAUUUGAUGUGCUCAAAAGACGGUGGCACGACUUGUCUUCGUUAUCACGUCCCCAUCCCCGACGGCACCAGGUGUGGGCCACGGCAUUGGUGCGUCAAGGGGCAGUGUACCGAUGACGGAUCACGACCCAUCGACGGCGGUUGGUCCGCAUGGAGUUCUGGGUACUCUGCUUGCACCCGGUCUUGUGGGGGAGGGGUCAAGUACAGAACGCGCGCUUGUACAAAUCCAAGACCAGCAAAUGAUGGCAAACCAUGCGAGGGUUCGCCCAAAGGACACGUCGCCAUGUGUAACAUCCAGGAUUGCCCCCCAGGCUCUAUGGACUAUCGCAAACAGCAGUGCAUAGCGAAGGGCUACGGCGAUACUCACCAUCUGGCAGAGAAUCUUUGCUUGUUGUACUGUCCGAACCCUGGAGGCGACUCAGCGACAUAUGAAGGUGUCGUCAAGGACGGGACUCGAUGCUACUCUGAUAAAACUAAUCGCGACGUCUGUGCUCAAGGCAAAUGCAUGUCCGUAUCAUGUGAUUACAGCAUCAACACAGGGGUAAAGGAGGACCGGUGCGGCGUGUGCGACGGCGAUAGUUCAUCAUGCACACAGAUGAGCGGCUUCUACAACACGCACUGUCCGGGAUGGGGAAUAGGUCAAGCUUGUAACAUCUUCACGGCCCCUGUUGGCGCUACGGAUGUCAGAGUGCAAAAGAUGGCUGCGAACUUUCACGUUCUUGGCUUAAAGAACAGUGCAGGCAGUCACGUGAUUAAGCAUCCUACUUGGUCAACUGUGGUGGAAGUGGCCGGUACGCGGGUGUACUAUCAACACGAUUCCAGCGAAUAUAGGGACCGGUUAUACUUUGCCGGACCAAUCACUGAAGAGCUGACUGUAGUGAUCAUACCCAUAGGAGGCGAUAAUUUUGAUGUCUCCUACAAAUACUCCAUUCCUGGAUCUAGUCCAGUACCUAGCCAGUCCGAGGUGCAAUGGUCCAGCGGUAAAUGGGGAGAAUGUUCGCGGACAUGCGCAGGAGGAGUACAGACACGAACCACAUAUUGUCAAAGAAAAGUCGACAACUCUUUUGUUACGAAGAAGAUAUGCCCGCAAGACACCAGGCCAGCGGAAUCUCAAGCUUGUAACACGCAGGCGUGUCCUCCAAGCUGGUUCGCUGAUUGGUCGCCUUGCUCAGCCACGUGUGGAGGUGGUCAUCAAACACGUAAAAUCAUAUGCCGACAAGAAGUUAAGCCCGGCCAGUACCAGAGCCUCGCGGACAGUUCUUGCAGCGAUACCAAACCCAGCGGUGAAAUCGAAAGAGCAUGCGCACAAACUGCCUGCUUACCUGAGUGGCAGGCUGGGGACUGGAGCGAGUGUUCAGCAUCCUGUGGCGGCGGUAUCAUAACCCGUCCUUUAAAAUGCACGCGAAAAAAUCGCGUAGGCGUCAGCGUGACAAUUCACAACUUGCUAUGCCAUCACUCGCUUAAACCGACUACUGAGAUGGCGUGCAACCAGGAUGUACCGUGCCCUACUCCGCCUCCGUGGAGCUUCCAUUCACUUGGCUGUUACCGAAACGACCCCGAGAAACGAGCACUCCCGGUAUUCAUGGCUAGUUUUCGAGACAACAUUGACUGGAAGGACAUGAAUAAGACAGUCGUGGCAUGUGCGAAGUAUGUGCGAGAGCACUCGGAAUACUCGGUAUUUGCCAUCGAGUUUUACGGCGAGUGCUGGUCGGGACCAGAAGCAGAAGCGAGAUACAACAUGUACGAGAAGUCCGAAGACUGCUACCAGGGAACAGGAAGUCAGAAUACUCUUCAUGCCUACAAGUUUAACAAGUUGUGAUCAUUUGAUCGAAAAGUGACAUAUUCAGAUGAUCAUAUCCAUGAGUCCUGGGUCGUGUGCAGUGUAAAGAAACUCAAGCACCCACUCCAAUUGAAUGUAACUCCCUGCUUAAGAAUGUGUAAUAAAGGCAAUUUGGUGUGUGUAUAUUGACAGUUAGUGGGUGGUGACUAUUGAUCCAGUAGAUCUAAUAAAAGUUGUUAAAUUUAG